AUGCCGCCCGCUCGGGCCAGUCUGUGUGUCAGGGACCGUGUCUCGCCCCGACGUGCUGGAGACCCCCGGCACCGACGCCCCUCCCGAACCUUCCUGUUAAGUGCUUUAAAACUUAAGCGCCAUAGCAGCGAGCCUCUGCGGGAGCGCCCGGCGCCCGCCUCGCCCUCCUGCCCGGGAUGCUGGGCACGGCCCGGCCCGCCUUGACCCGCCCAGCCUCUGCGCUCCCCUUCGCUUCGCGGGUCAGUAGUGGACGCAAGGAACUGCUCGGGGCUGCCCCGGGCCCGGCCUCUCCUGCCCUGGCCGCCCGCCGGCAGCUCCGGGCCAGAGGGCGGCUGCGGCGCGGGGCCCGGCCUCGGUGGGCAGCACAGGGGACCCCGGCGCGCCAUCUGGAUGCCGAGCGCGAGCGCGUUUGAAGUGGCGGGGCUCUUUGUUCGCCAGGCCGCUCUGGCUCCGGGCCUGGAGGUGUUUACGGCUUUGAUGCCUUUGAACCUAUUCCCAGGACCGGGCUCAAUUAGGCCCGGGCCUGCGGGCUGUCAGGCGAGCCGCCUGAUCCAGGGCGGGCUGGGCCGUUAUUGAAGUUGAACCCGGGCCGGGGAGCGCUCGGCCUCCGCUGCUCCGUGUCCUGCCGCGGGCCGCGAGGUGGGGCCCGCGGGCCGCGACCACCGCGCUAGGAAACCCGAGGGCCGCCGCGCGCCGGCCUUUCGCGCUGGUCUCCGAGGGCUCUGGUUCCGGCCGCUCUUGGGGACGUUUUCCCAACAGUCGGUCAAGGAAGGCAGAACUCUAUGA